AUUUAAAACACCUAUCAAACCUGUUUCCCAAUGCAGGUUCCAUCCAUCAGAUAUCUCCACUCUGCCGUGGGACUGGGGUCUGCUGAUUGCUGUGAUGGACCAGCAGGACGGCACCCGGAGGCUUCGGCUGGAAGUGAGGCGUAUGCUCCUGCAAUAUGUGCUACAAAUUCUUGAAGAUGACUUUCAGCGGCAGUUAUGCCUGCAGAAGCUGCACCUGUCCAUCACAAAGGCCCUGCUGUCCUGUGAGCAGCGGUUCACUCAUGUCAGAGAGCUGAUUUGCUGGCUUUUUGAAGCGGUAUCCAUGGCUGUUGGCAGCAAAGACAAUAAACACCAAAAAAGAGAGCGGAAUGAAAAUCUUAAGAUGGUGAUGGCGCUUCAGAAGAUGCUGGUCUUGGCCUUGGAGGUGGACCGCACUCCCACCUGCAGCUCCAACAAACUGUCCCAGGAGCUUUUCCACACCGUUAUCAGCUGUCCAAAGCGUGAGCACAGGCUGCUUGUCUUGGGUACUCUGGAGAGCAAUCUGCUGAAGUGCAAGCUUCUGGAGUUGCUCCUGGACUAUGAAUGCCCUCAGAAGAUCCCCGUCCCCAUGUCCCUCAGCCUGCUGCUCCACUUCCUGCAGCACUGCACUCUGCCCUCCGAUCCAGCGGAUGGCAGUGAAGACUGGCGGAGGUGGGAGGAGCUACUGCAGCUGAUCUGGAUGCUUCUUCUGAGCUACGAGGAAGUCAUGAAAGGUCACCUCCGCUGUUCGAUCACAGAGCGGUCCACCUACAGCCGUGCCCCGACCUGGACGCUGAACGACAGCCUAACCCCAGCCGUGGUGCAGGAGGCUGCCGAUGCCUUUCUGGCCCGGACAGAGAGAGACCUGGGCUUCUCCCUCCCCACACACGUGCAGGAGUCUCUGGCUCUGCUUCAACAACAUCUACUGGACACUUACUAGAUUUGUUUAUAGUCAGAUUUUUUUUUUAAAUUGUAUUUGUGUGUACAAACUUGAAAUGCCAAAUGAUUAUAGCGUUUAUUUAUUGUUUUAAAACAUUAUUUGUUUGUGUACUUUCUUUCUUUCUGCUCAUGGGUGGCCGGGUACUUCUGAGCGCCCCUGAAACUACUGGGUGGCGCGUGCAGCGGGAGGGGACGCUUAUCGGGUGAAUUACAUCAAUGGAAGACAGUAACAAGCGCCACUUUUAAAACCAGCAAGAAUAUUUUUUUUAUGAAGUGAAUACAGUGAGGGAAUUGUAGCUUACAGAGAUGGUGGGUGUUUCACUGGGAGGUGACGCUUAUCGGGUGAAUGGCAUCAAUGGAAGACGAUAAUAAGCGCCACUUUUAAAACCAGCAAGAAUAUUUUUUUAUGAAGUGAAUACAGUGAGGGAAUUGUAGCUUACAAAGUUGGUGGGUGUUUCUCAAAGUCACUGAUGCUUCCUUGGUUAAGACGAGUCCUUCCCAGUCGGGUCCUUGAGAGGCGGGGCAAGACUCCUUCCUAGAAUUAGGAGAACCAACAAUGGAACAGUUUAGCGAGUGUGCAGGUGUGCGUCAUUUAAAAGGAACCGCCUUCAAAUUCUGUGCUCCUUUUAUAAUAAACGGCUCUGGUGUGUACGCAUAGGAUUGUGGGUGCUUUAAGAACGCAGAGGAUUGUGGGUGCUUUAAGAACGCAUAGGAUUGUGGGUGCUUUAAGAACGCAGAGGAUUGUGGGUGCUUUAAGAACGCAGAGGAUUGUGGGUGCUUUAAGAACGCAGAGGAUUGUGGGUGCUUUAAGAACGCAGAGGAUUGUGGGUGCUUUAAGAACGCAGAGGAGACUCCAGUUGCAUCCCUGAAAAUUCUCUGAACGAAGGACUCGAAGGAUCCUAGACAUCAGAACAGUCCUUUGGCGGGAUUUGAUGACGUAGCACCCUUGAAACGCAACCGUCAAGGAUCCUUCUUUGACUUUGAGAAACACCCAGCAUGUUGAGGUUUCUGUCACUGACUGAACACGUCAGCACAACGUCAGCUCUGAACAUGUCAGCACAACUUCAGCUGAAAUGUACACGGUUUAAUCAACAGCUGAAAUGUAGACGGUUUAAUCAACAGCGGCAAAAUUUAGCAAAAUUCAACUGUUAUCUCUGCCUUGGGGGAAUCCUAACGUUCCCUAGAAAUCCUGUUGUUAAGCAGACUCAUAUUGAUGCUGCCGCUGGAGAGAUAUAGUUGUGUCAUGCUCAGAAGUGACGUUGUGGAAGUGACGUUGUGGUAGUGCCAGGCCUUUUAAGCGCGUGACCUAUUGACCUCGAUGGCCUAUUGACCUCUAUAGGCCAAAUUGACAUACACUGUUUCUGCAAAAGUUCUUAGGCUGAGAAAACUCAAAAUUGUACAAAAGCAUAUGAGGAAUGCAAUUAGUGAAGGGAACAAGAAGAAGGGUACAUAAACAUUUAUAUUCAAAUUAAACAGAGGAUUUUAAGGCAUAGAUACUCGAUAAUAGUCAAGUCCUUUUAGUGUUUAAAAAUGCAGUUGUGUUCCAUUCUUCAACUGGUGGAUAUUGGCUUUCCUUUCAGACCAUUUGCACUUCCCACAUAAGAUGAGAAGAUAAAAAUAAAAAAAAACAUGA